AUGUGCCAAGAGCAUUGGAGAAGUGAAGCUGAGACUGAGGUGAGAGUAGUGGUUGAGCUUCUAGAGGAUGGAGUCGACCCGAAUAUUCGUGAUGUGAAUGGUGUUACACCGCUGAUACUUGCCUCCAUACGUGGAAUCGUGGAUGUUGCCGCCACUCUGAUCCAAGCAGGGGCUGAUGUCAAUUCGGCGGACAAUGUCGGCGCAACUCCGAUAUUUGGCGCCACCCUUCAUGACCAGGAAGAGGUGGUCAAGCUUCUACUCACGCAAGAGACAGCUGAUGUGAAUUUGAGAAUCAAUGGAUAUACACCAUUGAUGGUAGCUGCACAAAACAAAUUUCUCGGCAUUCUUAAUGCGCUCCUACAUACGUUGAGGUGGUCUCUAGAAGUGAAGUGA